GGACUGAAGAGUGCUCACACGGUAGUGCUGAUUUCUAAUAUGCUUAGAGAGAACAAAAACAGAACAGACUCACUAUUUGAAGAAUACAAACGGAAAUAUGGUCUAAGAUUCCGUCCCGGUGUAUCAUUCUAUAUUUUGUCACCUUUCUCUGCGGACUUGGCACAUUCCUCUCACCAGCUCCACAUGUAUCGUAACUUGUUACCUCUUCAGAGCUCACAGUGCCCUUCCUCAACCCCGAUGCGUUACUGUUCUGCGUAAAGAAGAAGCGACAGUGUUUGGAGUGUUUUGGGCUCGCUUUGGAUUUUAGCGGAUAAAUCACAGUUACGGAAUUGGUUAGACCGUCGUAACAGAAGAAAGGGGAGUGGACGAGUUGUGAAGCAGUUGUGUGUGUGUGUGUGUGUGUUAGGGGGACAGAGAGAGAGACUGUCUGAUUGUCUGUAUGUGUGAAUUUACCAGACCCAGUACAGUGUGAGUGUAAGUGUGAGGGCGCUCUUGGGGGCGGAGCUCCACAAAGGGGCAGAGUUUCCAGGAGGAAGCCAGACAAACAUGAGCAAAUUGACGUUCCACAACAACAAGACCAUGCAGGAUCGCCGUUGUGUGUGUGUGUUUCUCCCAAACGAUGAAACGCUCAACGUCAUUGUCAGUGUGAAGACUUUGUGUCAGGAAUUGUUGGAGCAGGUGUGUGAUCUGCUCCGACUGAAGGACUGUCACCUGUUUGGCCUCAGCGUUGUUCAGAAUAAUGAGCACAUCUAUAUGGAACUGGGACAGAAGCUGUCCAAAUAUUGCCCUAAGGAAUGGAAGCGAGAAGCCAGCAAGGGAAUUGAUCAGUUUGGUCCUCCAAUGAUUGUGCACUUCAGAGCUCAGUACUAUGUAGAGAAUGGCAGGCUUAUCAGUGAUCGCAUGGCCAGGUAUUAUUAUUACUGGCAUUUGAGGAAGCAAGUGCUGCAGUCCCAAUGUGUCCAGCGGGAGGAGGCCUAUUUCUUGCUAGCUGCAUUUGCUCUUCAGGCUGACCUGGGAAACUACAAACGGAACAAACAUUUUAACUCCUACUUCCAGCCUGAGUCCUACUUUCCUUCCUGGGUGAUCACUAAGAGAGGGAGAGACUAUAUUCUGCGGCAUAUUCCCAACAUGCAUAAAGAACAGUUUGCUCUCACCGCAUCAGAGGCUCAGUUGAAAUACAUCAAACAAGCAGCACUCCUGGACGACGUCACUGUACAUUACUAUCGCCUCUAUAAGGACAAGAAAGAAGUGGAGGCAUCUUUAACUCUGGGGCUUACUCUACGUGGUAUCCAGAUCUUUCAGAAUGUGGGCAGUGUCCGGCAGCUUCUAUAUGAUUUCCCCUGGACCAACGUUGGGAAACUUGUAUUUGUGGGAAAAAGGUUUGAGAUCUUGCCUGAUGGCUUGCCCUCUGCCAGAAAGCUCACCUACUACACUGGCUGUCCGCUGCGUUCCCGCCAUCUCCUACAGUUACUUAGCAACAGCCACCGCCUAUACAUGAACCUUCAGCCCGUGCUUAAGCAAGUCCGACGCCUGGAGGAGAAUGAAGAAAAGAAGCAGUAUCGGGAGUCAUAUAUAAGUGAUGCCCUGGAGUUGGACAUGGACCAGCUGGAACAGCGAUCUCGUGCUAGCGGCAGCAGCAUGGGCAGUGUUUCACGCCAAAAACGUUUCUCACGUCACUCCACAACCAGCCACAGCAGCUCACACACGUCGGGCAUUGAAACCGACAGCUUCCGUACCCCAGCACACACACCACAUCGGCCACUCCGUUCACACUCCUCCUCCAACACCAGCCACGCCAGCACACACACUUCUGGCAUCGAGAGCAGUGGCAAGGAGCGAGGCCUGGAUGAUGAUGAGAUUGAGAUGUUGGUUGAUGACCCUAAAGACUAUGAAGAACUCACUGAUUUAGCAUUGGAGCUCAGUCAGGACCUCUGCAUUCACAUCACUGAGGACAUGCUAACGUCUGCACAAAGCAAUGGCUACUCAGGCUUAGUAGUGAAGGAAGUGAGCUCUUCAACAUCUAGUUCAUCAGAGACCGUGGUGAAGAUGAAAGGCCAAAGCAUUGAAUCACUCCCUCAGGUGGUGUCAGGCAGGAAGUCUCAGAACUCCACAGACCGGCAUAGCCAGUCACUGGAUGAUAUUCGUCUAUACCAGAGGAAUUCCCCAGAGUGGGUAGAGCCCUGUCAGGACUCUGCCCACAGUUACACAUUUGGUUGCGUGGAGGAGCUUAGCAAUGGUUACCAGGGAGUGGCAGAACAGCAGGUUGGUAUCUGUGAUGACCAGCACCCUUUUCCCAUCAAAAGAACCAACAAGUACUUUUCCCUGGACCUGAGUGCAGAGGAGGUGCCUGAGUUUGUUGUGUGAAGAGGGAGGAAAUUCAAAACAUGGAAAAAAUAUAGAAAAACAUGACUGAGGACAUUUUUUGUGUGCGCGUAUAUGAGAGAGUGUAUCUAAGAAUCAUAAUGUAAAGAAGCUGCUGAAUUUCGGACGAGAAAGGGAAACUGCACCAGUCUGUCUCAGCUGCUUUAGCCAAACGUGAAACCCUGUGUGUGUGUGUGUGUGUGUGUUGCAUGCCAAUCAAAAUGAGAAGUUCCAUUUCAUGUUCAUUGUGUUGGGCUUUUUUAGAGUGCCCAUUUUGUGUCUUCUCUGACAUUAGAAGUUCUGUACAAGCCUGUGAGGUUGUAUUAGUGUCUUUGUGUGAGUACAUAUAAGUGUUUUUAAUCAUACUAUAUGAGCUAUUAACCAAAGAUGAGCAGUCCUCAGUGUUCAAUAAGCAACUGAACAUACAAGCCAUAUCAUAAUACUUAAUGGACUGGAAUGGUACUAGUUAGUAUUUACAUUACCAGGCAAAGUUUGGACACACUAGAUGAAUAUUUUUCAUCGUCUUAAAGAUAUUUUGAGGAAUGCUUAAAAAUGGUUUCUAAGACAAAUGUAAAUAGUGAAGGCAAUGCCCAUGUAUGCUUUUAUUUCUGAAUCAGAAUAUAUAAAUAUAUAUUUUUUUUUGUGGGGGGGGGUCUGGGGUGGUAAUUUUUUUCCCCAAACAAGUUGUAUAGAACAUUUGAAAACAAUUGCAGAUUAUUAGAUAAUCUGGAAACUUUACGAAGCACCUCCUGGUUGAAGCUUAUACAUGAUGAAGCUGGUUGAGAAAAGGCAAGUGUGUGCAAACCAUUCAAAGUGAAAUAUCCCUGAUUUGUUUCUUAGCUGUUUCAUAAUUCCAUAUGUAUUAUUUGAUAUUGGUAAUGUCAUUUUUAUUGUAAAUUAGAACAUAUGAAGAAAAGCCUCCCUAUGAGCAGGUGUGUCCAAACUGUUGGGGGUGUGUGUGUGUUAAUGUGUGAGUGAGAUGUGUGUGUUGUGGUGCUGGCUGCUCUAAUUGAACCGCCUGUGCCUUUCUUACACUAUGCAAGUUUGAGACCCUGUUGCUAGGAGUCUCCCAAGUCUUUCAUCUGUGCACUAAGCACAUUUUUACCCCUAUGCCAAGGAAACAUGCAGUGAUGGUUAAUGUCUGGGUGGUCCCACUGCUCACAGUAAUGCUUGAGUAGUUUCUGUUCUAAUGUUCAACCAAACCAAGAUGUGGUGAGUUGCACAGAUGCAAUCAUAAUUUUGUCUUCUUUAAUCCGCUCCAAAAUAACCAAAUCCCUGGUUUCUUGCUUUAUGAGCCUGAGCGGGCAAAAUACGGAUGUCACACAUAGAAUUGGCUGGCGUAGUCCCCACAAACAAAGGAUGUUUUAUCAGUCACCAUUAUUUGGAGUUUACACUUGAUCAACUGUCAAGCAAAGCAGUAAAGUGGAAAAAUAUGAGGAUAGAAAAAUGGCUGGAGUUCCAGCCCCAGUGGUGUUAGAAUGGGAAGCAUCAUAAAAAAAGCCAAAUUGGGGUUUUCCAAGAUAUUGCAGCGUGUGGAAACCCAUCAACCAGUUCUUUCCUGCUAAUCUAUAUUUACCAUAAGACCAUAAUCUCUGUUUGUCUUUGUUUUGCUAAGUGUUGGUGAUGUUUCAUUAGUAAUUUUUUACAAACUGGAACUUUUUAUUUUAUGACUAUUUUGUUAAACUGUUGUUGUCAAAAAAAAAAGUGGGAGCCACGUCUUUUAGUUAUGUUUUUGUUUUGUCAGUAUUACUCUUGAAUGGAGGUCAGUAUUAGAAAUCCCAGUUCUCCCACGUUAACUCGUGUGCUUGUGUGUAUUUUUUUUUUCAGUAUGGAAUUAUUCAGUAAUCUAUAAUCAAUAACAUAUCAAUAACUAAUGAAGAUUUUAUAUACUUCAGGUGAAAAAAUUAAAGCUGCAUUGCUCCUGUGUGUGUGCUCAGAAAAAAAACAACCUAGAUUUCUUUCACAGUUUCUUUUUUGGGUCAUCAGCAGCACUUUUAUAUUCUCUCAUGCAUGUGGGUAGCUGCUCAGGUCCAUGUGCAGUCUUUUCCAUCAUACAGAACUAGGAUGAUUUCCCUUGCAAUCACAUUAAUACUUCACACUACUAAAGAGUAAUUAUAUUUGUCUCCCUCUUUGUAUUUCUGACAACAAACAGUUGUUAACAUAGCAAGCAAUAUUGUAAGUGUUUUGAUAAAAUAUUUUGCCAUAUUUAGUUUUUAGAACUGCAGUUCACAAGUUAAUGACCAGCAAAUGUAAUGGAAAAAAACAACAACAAAAUAAUUUAGAGGCAAACAUCAUUGGACUGAAAUAGACCUACCGAUAAUGUCCACCUUCAUUCCUUUUAAAUUUGUCUGUCUGCAGUUAUUAAAGUCCUUUCUAUGAAAGGAAAUGCCCUAAAAAUGUUAUUGUUCAUCUUCUUUUUGUAAACCCUGUUACUUGAUGCUUAUGUUGCCAUAAUGAAGUGUGGUGCGUGUCUUGCAGGUACUGAUGUCCUCUAAUGUACGCAAUAAAAGGGUACCUUUGCAAGAA